AUGCGAAUCAAAAGUCUGAUGACCAACAUGGCCGCCAUGGAGAACGAAGAGGGGAAGCUGACAGCGAGCGCCGUGGGUCAGAUCGUUGGACUUCAGUCUGAGGAGAUCAAACAGAUCGCCUCCGAGUACGCAGAGAAGCAGUCGGAGCUGUCCUCAGAGGAGCGUUCAGAGCGCUACGGACCGCUGCAGCAGCACCGCAGGGCCGUCGCCUCGCUCACCAAGCAGAUCCAACACAAGACUAAACAGCUGGAGGAGCUACAAGUCAAACAUUCAGAGGUGAAGACUCGCAGUGACGACGCUAAAAGGAAACUGAUGGAGGCUACGGAGCAGUCGGAGAGUCUGAUGAAGGAGCUGCAGUCUUUAGAGGAGAUGGAGGAACAAGCUGACAGCAGCGUGUUGGAGAAGCUGAAAGCUCUGGUAACGAUGAACGAGAACCUGAAGCAGCAGGAGCAAGAGUUCAGAACACACUGCAGGGAGGAGAUGACCCGCCUGCAGCAGAACAUCGAGGAGCUGAAGAUGGCGUCAGGACAAGAUACAGAAGAGGAGAAGGAGAGGAACCAGCUGAUAGACAAACAGUACGACACAGACAGAGAGAAACUGCAGAAGAUCCGUCUGCUCAUGGCUCGGAGGAACCGUGAGAUCGCCAUCCUGCAGAGGAAGAUCGAUGAAGUGCCGAGUCGGGCCGAGCUGACGCAGUACCAGAAGAGAUUCAUCGAGCUCUACAGCCAAGUUUCUGCGACUCACAAAGAGACGAAGCAGUUCUUCACGCUGUACAACACUCUGGAUGAUAAGAAGGUUUAUCUGGAGAAGGAGGUGAAUUUACUGAACUCCAUUCAUGACAACUUCCAGCAGGCGAUGUCGUCCUCAGCAGCUAAAGAUCAGUUCCUCAGACAGAUGGAGCAGAUCGUUGAGGGAAUCAAACAGAGUCGCAUCAAGAUGGAGAAAAAGAAGCAGGAGAAUAAAAUGAGGAGAGAUCAGCUGAACGAUGAAUAUCUGGAGCUGCUCGACAAGCAGAGGCUCUACUUCAAAACCGUCAAGGAAUUUAAAGAGGAGUGUCGGAAGAACGAGAUGCUGCUGUCGAAGCUGAGAGCCAAAGGAGCCUCGUAGCUCUGAUGCCGGUGCCAUUAAAACUACCACAGAAGAAGAAGAAGAAGAAACACAACGAGAUGGAAAUAUGACGUUUAAUGUUAAUUUGAUGCAUUAAAUGUCGCAGCGUUCACAAUGAUGUGCCAAAUGUUUCACUUGUUUUUGUUGUUGUUUUUGUUUGUUUAAUAUUGUGCAUUUCCUCUCACGGUGUUCAGGCUCAAAUUAAAACCAUGGUUGUAAACU